AUGCAGAGGCAAUGUGAAGCUCAUGUCAUUGCGUCUCCGCUGUCAGCAGAAAUCCAAUCCUUCAAUUCUCUGAUUCCUUCCACACUCCCGCCUAGGCUGGUGGCGGUUUUUGUGGGAGCAACCAACGGAAUCGGCGAAAGCACUCUGACGGCUUUUGCCCAGUAUGCAAAGCAAUCGCGAGCGUACUUUGUCGGCCGCUCUCAAGAUGCUGCAGACCGCAUCAUCGCAGAGUGUAAGGCACUGAACCUGGAGGGAGAAUACAUCUUUAUCCAGGCCGACAUCCGCUUGAUCCGCGUCGUCGACAACGUGUGCGAGCAAAUCAAGUCAAAGAAAGGAGAGCGCACUGAACAUGUUGAAACCUGUGAGAAAAUUCACGCGCUGCCGGCAUUAAUCUAUUACUCCCGGGGUACGCGCGAGGGACUUUUGGACUCAACGGAUUUCCCCGCUUUCGGACUCCCGCUCAAAGAACUUCGUGGACAUCUCGCCUCACCGGUAACCCUUGGCCUUGAGGCCAUAGCCAGGAUGACCCCCGAUGUUAGUUUUAUCCACGGCCAUCUAGGUUUAGUGGACACUCCAAUUUUUAGGCAUAUGCACGGCCAGCCUGGAAAACAGUCUCCAUUCGAGGUUUCUGUGGUGCCUAUCGAAGAGAGUGGCGAGCGGCAUUUGUACCUGGCCACAAGCUCACGGUUCCCGGCAAGGCAAGGCAAUUCUGCCUCUGUGCCGCUUCCAGAUGGAACUGAUAUGUCUAUUAGUACCACGGGGACAAUCGGGGGCGGCGUCUACUCCGUAGGGUCAGAUUGUGAGACUGGAUCUCCUGAUGUGAAGAAGCUGUUGGCUGAACUACGCGAUAAGGGGAUGAUUGAGGAGGUGUGGAAUCACACUGAGGAAGAGUUCAAACGGAUAUGUGGAUCACAGUGAGAAUAGUGGUCCAAUUUUCACACGUAUCUGUGUCAAGGCAAUCGUUAGUGAUAUCUCUUCGCUGAGAGAUUUC